AUGCUAAUUCACAGUAGUAAUACUCAUUUAUUAUUAUCAAAUGAAAUGUGCAAGAGUCGACAAAUUGACAUUAAACAAAUAAUUAAUAAUCGUAUUUAUGCUUCAACUAUGAACAAUCUUACAAUUAUUAAUAAUAACAAUAAUAUCAACAUUAGUGAGCAUGAUGAUAGCAAUGGUCCAUCAUUGCAUACGCAAUAUAUUUUUGCUGGUGCUUGGAUUUUGAUUGCUGUGGCUGGCAUCAUAGGUAAUAGUUUAGUUAUAUUUAUAGCUAUUCGAUUUGAAAAAUUGAGCAAUGUUACAAAUUGUUUCAUUGUUAAUUUGGCUAUUACUGAUAUUGUUUUCCUAGUAUUUUGUAUGCCACUUCUAGUCGUUCAAUACACACUUGAUCAUUGGUAUUUUAAUGAAACGUUUUGUAAACUUCUCCAUUUUACUUCGUUUCUCAGUGUUCUUGUUACUGUUCUUACAUUAGUUAUAAUGACUAUUGAUCGAUAUAUUUAUAUUGCACAUCCUUUUGAAAAUAUAAAAUGGCGAAAACCAAAAACAGUCUUUUUACUUAGUUUAAUUAUAUGGUUACUUUCAUGCGCAUUUGCUUCACCAUUCUAUUUUCAUUAUGGUGUUUCAAAUGAAGUUUAUAAACAAUGUCAAUUAUUAACAGAUGACCAUGUACAAAAACAACUUCGAAUAUAUACGAUUACACUUUAUUACUUUAUUCCAUUAACAAUUAUUCUUAUUUGUUAUGCUCGAUUACUUUAUUAUGUUUAUUCAAAAGAAAAUAAAUGUAAACCAAAAACGAAAUCUAAUCAUGUUAAAUGGUCAAAACGACGUCGUGCUGUAACAAAAAUGGUGGCCAUUGUAACACUUGUAUUUUCACUUUGUUGGUUACCUCUUACAGUAUUUAUGCUGUCAGCAAAUUUCCUUAGCAGUAGAACAGCUUUUUUAUAUUAUUUUAAAAUGAUUGCAAAUUCAUUUGCUUAUUUAAAUUCAGCUGUAAAUCCAAUAUUAUAUGCAUUUUUAAAUCGAAGUUUUCGAAAUAAUUGUGAAAAUAUUCUUUCGAAACCGACGUGUUUAUCAUUUUGUUGUAAAAGUGAUGAUAAACAACAACAACAACAACAACAACAACAACAACAACAACUAGAAAUAUCAAAACAAUCAGAUCCUAAUAAUCAAACAAACAACUAUUAUUCGAAGAAAGAAAAAAAUAUUAUAAUAGAUAACAAUAUUCAAUUGUUAUCAAAUGAUAUAUUAGAAAAUGACUUUUCAGAUGCUGAAUAUGAAGCACAAGAUCCUGCUGGUUUAUCUAAAGUGAUUAUCAAUAAUAUGAAUCAUAACAAUGAUUAUUCUAGAGAACAUUAUGGAAACUUUUUAAUUACUACUACAACUACUAAUGAUCGACAUCUUACAACAUCUCUGUAA